GCCACAAGACUCAGUUACAUACUCAUUCACUCACUCAGGCAGGCACACUGAAGAACAACCAGACUCAUUCUCUUACAUUCACUUGUGUGGAAGGCAGUAAGACGUUAUUCUGCAAAUAUGUCUAAAACAGGAUUUAAGCCAAGCAGCACACCUUUCUGGGACAUUUCAACAAUCUAAACUCUCAGUUGAGAAGGAAGAUAAUUCAACACUACGGUAUGAGGUGUACUUGAAUAAGUCAGAGAAGAGAUCUAUUCAACUUGUCACUCAAAGCUGCUGGAGCUGUGGACGUCCACGAUGAGUCUAAAAAAGAGGAAACCGAGCAUGGUGUUCAACUGGCACAAGUCUUUUGCCAUCCUUGCACCAUGGAGAAAAGGCAGAGGGGAUAUAGUGGUUGAGAAUGAGGUUGUAUUGACAAAGAUGAAGUUCCUCAAUAACUUCCCUGAGAAACUCCUAAAUGUUGAAGAUUCCAUUUCAAUCAUCUCAAACUCAAUGUCUGAGCAGGAAAACUCUGAGCCCUUCCAGGCCGAUGAGGUGAUCUCAAUCCACAGUGCUGCUCCUGAGCCAGCAGUACUUGAAUCAAAAACAGACUUUCUAUCUACAAUUUUCACAGAUACUACACAUCCAAGGUUGUACAAAUUUGAAUCGGAGGACUCAGGGGUAGAGAUGACUAGCGGAGCAACUUCCCCAUCCACCCCUACAAGUUCAGAGCAAAGCUUUGUAGUCCACAGUAGAGAAUUUUCAUGUGACUGUAGUAACCUGAACUCUCCUGUACUGGCCAAAAGUCUUCUUGAAGAAAGUUCAGACUCUUUGGAAACUGAACAAACAUCUUGUACGUGUGCUAAACAAGAUAAUCUUGUCAUUCUUGGAGAUAGAAUAGAAGAUGAGAAUGCUGCUGAUGAUUUAAUGGACGUCACAGAAAAUUCAGAGAGGUCCGAGGACAGAGCCCUGUGGCACACCAGAGAGAACUGCAAGGAUGGCAUAGAAAUCAGAAUAGUACAGGAGGAAAUAAAAGAGACUGCAACGGCUGAGGACACAAAGUCAAGGAACCGAUGUUCUAUUGAAGCAUAUGAUGGCAAAACAGGACCUGAAUUUCAACAACAACCUUUGAGAAAAUGUACAAGAAGAGACAGUCUGGAUGAGUACAUGGAAGAGUGCUGCAGGCUUAGUGAGGUGAGCCAUGCCAAACAGUCUAAUCCACUGGGCUCUGGACUGGGCUACCUGGAGCACAUCUGCCAGCUCAUAGAGAAGAUUGGGCAGUUACAAGAACACAACCUCCGACUACAGAAACAGAUCUGUGGCCGACAGAAGGAAGACAGAGUGAUCAAGACUAAAGAGGACUUUUUCCUGCAGCACUGUAGCUGUGGAGCAGCCAGUCUGGCCUUCAAGGAACUGAGGAGACACUUUCGCAGUGACCACUACAGCAUGACGGUAUCAAGCGGCACGCUGUCCGACCUCACCACGAUCCCUGAGGUCACACGAAUCCCCCUCAGUGCAGCCAUAACAGAUGGUGAGGUGGGCUGCCAAUCAGCUCUUCCUCUUUGGAGGCGAGGUCUGAACAGGAGGAGCUACACAGAAGGAGAUGCCAAGUACCUGAGUGACAGCGCUGAGGUCCUCUCUGCUCCUCACAGACGAGCUUGUCUGCAGUUAAGUGAGAACUAUACUUGGGGAAGGGUGAAAGAACUGGUAAAGAUGACCAAAUUGAGGAACCAGAGCAGACUGGGACUAUCAUCUGGCUCCCUGAAGAGAUCCUGUCCACAGCUCUACCGACCGGAUGUGAUGUCAGCAGAGAGGCCCAGGAUAAACCGUAACUCCAUGAUCGCUCUGGGCCAUCACAAACUGGACUAUCUUUGGCCACAGUAGUAUUAACCAGACAUUGAGCAGAUGGCCAUCUGAGCAGUUUUUUCCAUAAAGUGAAGGACAAAGUCAGGGUUUUUGGAGUCCGGAUUGGGAAUAAAAAUGCAUUAGGAGAAAAAGCUGAGAAAAUGAACGGGACUGGAUGAGUAAUGAUGGCAUAAAGUUUUUAUUGUUUGUACAUAAUACUUUAAGAGAUGUUUAUAUGUUGAUGGAAAUGUUAAGUUGACCUCAUGAUGGAGCUUGCUUGUAUGACAUUUCUAUACAUGUCAUUUAUCAUUGUAUAAAGCACUAGUUAGAACACUACAACAAAAAAGUAUUUUCAGAAUGUGAUCUCAGACAAAGGGAAUUAUGGUGUAUUCUAAUAAUAAUGUAUAGUCUAAUGUAAAUUACCAGAUGUUGAACAUUUUGUACAAUAUUUGCAAUAAACUCUAACAAAAGUUGAACAUACAUACUUUAACUAUGAUACAGAUACUCCUUGGAAAAUAAUUUGUAACUCUUUGUACCACUAUUAUAAAAACUGCCUUAUGUGUAUACACAGAUGUAACAAAUAUGUGUGUAGAAUCUAUGAUGUAUGGAACAUUUGUAUGGAUAAGUGGAAGAGUCUUUUGCAGGGCACUCCCAUGUCUGAAUUCCUACAUCUCUACAGUCAUAUGUCGCUCUAAUGAUGAGGCUUAUGGUAACACAUACAUGACUUACUGUAUGACCAUUCUGUACUCUGCUCGCCUGUCUGAUGUUAUAUAAUGUCUGUGACCUUUCUCCUCCCUUAAUGUUUAGUAAUGCCAGUGCAGGAACCUGAAAUAUUAUCUUUAACUAUGAAUUUACAAAUGAUUCUACAAGUGCCUGCAAAAUAUCAGUCCAAAGAUAUAAACACUGUAUCAAUUAAACAGUAUAAAAUACAGGGCAGUGUGCAGUGAUAUAACCAAACCAAGCUGGCUAAAUGGUUUUACUCAACUCUUGUUUAAUGCUUUAUGCUAGGAUAAAUAUCUAGAGGGUGGAUGCAAUGCACUCGACUGCUCGCAUAUGGGUUGCCAGCUUAUCCACGGUAAAAAGAACCAUCAUGAAAAGCAAUAAGUUAAGCUCAGAAAGUGAGCAAAGAGGCCUUUAUCAGAGUGUAGUGCAUUAUUGUAGUGCUGUCUUUGUUGCCAGUUGAUCGAGUGAGGUACUAAAAGUCUGAUGUUUAGUCUGGAUAAGGUCUAUACAUUAAAUUAUGUUACAAACCACUUGCAAUCUUUCAAGUGAAACAUAAAACAUUGGUUUCUACUUAAAGAUAAUUAAUGUUUGUAACAUGAUAUUGAUCUGGCCAGGCACAUUUUAUGUACGCUUGACAUAUUGUUUUAUACAGUAGUCACUGUUCUGUGUUCUCUUAAUCAACAAGUGCUCAGAAAAUGAAUGAGAGCUGAUGUAAAGCAAAACUUUUUGUCUGUCUUGUUAGGGACAGAAGAUAUAAGAUCUGUAUAUAUAUCUUUUGUAUUGUAGCGUACCAAAUGGACAGAAUAAUUGAAUAUUCAUAUUGCUUUGUUAUUCAAAGUUAUUUUUAAUAA